AUGGAUUACCAGAUCAACGUGCUGAACACAUGUAUAGCACCCAGAUAUAAUGAGUACCUACUAGAGUAUCUCGGCGUGUGUCAUCCACGCAGCACGCACGCGUCACGCACGCGGCACGCGGCCGCCGCCUCCGCAACGAGCACGCUAAUCAUAUUACAAGAGGAUUACAACAGUGAUCGAUGUUCACAAAUUAAUGUCUCGUUAUCUGUGAGAGGGGACGCCAUGAUUGAUAUUCAAUUCGGAAUCGCACCGAGAAAGAUCGCCGCGGGACAGCGGGCUUCAAUUGAAUUUGAAAUCAUCUGCCUCCCUCCCCCUCCCUCCGACUCCCUCCCCACCCGCGGGGAUACCAUCACACGAGGAGGUAUAGGAUAA